AUGGAGGCCGGGGAGGCCACGGUGGCGAAGGCGGCGGUGCGGACCCCAAAGUGCUCCCGCUGCCGUAACCAUGGCUUCGUGGUGCCAGUGAAGGGCCACGCCGGGCAGUGCCGCUGGAAGCUGUGCCUCUGUGACAAGUGCUCCCUCAUCACUGAGCGCCAGAAGAUCAUGGCCGCCCAGAAGGCCCUGAGGCAGCAGGUGCCCGACUGUCCGAGCAGGGCGGCCGUGGGCCCUGUUCCCCCGGGGGAAGGCCCCAGGGUGGCUGCAGGAGCGGCCAUUGCCCCAGAGCAGAGCAGCCAUGAGGGGACAAAGGACGGCCAGCCCAUCGGUGGCAGUGACAAAGGCAUGGCACGCAGGGGGCUGCCACCACCUCCUGGUGGCCCUCCCUUCUGGGACUACGCUCACCCUGCUUUUCCACCAGAAUAUAUGGUCAACUCAGAAUACAUGGAGAGAGACCCUCCAAAAGUGUACCCUGGCUGUUCUGGGGUGUAUCCUUACCACCCAUUUCCAAUGGGAUUCGCCAUCAAUCAGCCAAGCUGUAGGGGAGCGCCAUCACCUCCAGGGAUAUCACUUCAGAAAGGUUUCCGACACAUUCCUAGCAACUAUGGGCCGGGGAAUGCAGCUUCUGUGUCAAUUCCAGAUGGGGGUGGAGAUUUGCAUCAAGGAUACUACACUCCUCUACCUCAGUUCAUCCCACCAAGUUUUCUGCCAGGGGUUCAUUACAUUCCACCUCCUCUUUCGCUGAACGUGUUGGCUGAAACAACCAAGGAAGCACACGCUACUGCAGCUGACAGCCAGGAUUCAGGGGUGGUUUGUGAAUCUAGCCAGACAUCUUCGUCCCCAGAAGAAGCAAGUGGAGAUCAAUCUGUAUAUUCUAAACAGUAA